AUGGGAGCAAGAACAUCCAUUGCAAGGGUGCCUGAUGGUGACACCAAACACGAUGAAGUGAAUGCGAAACCCACGGAAUCAUUGGAUAGCCCAAAGAAUGCUUUCCCACCGUUUCAGCAAUCCCCAUCUCAGUCUGAUGGGGAAGGCCAGGGGAAGGGGGAAGGAAAGGGUGAGACUCCUGAGAUUUUUGAAGCGUUACCAUUAAAGCGUACCAGCUGGAAUGAGGAAAAUACAUCCAGCACAGAUUCCCAUGGCAAAUCAGAUACAGAAUCCAAUAGUGGACAGGCAUCUGCUGUAUGUUUUCCUAUUGAUUCUUCUGAGUCAUUAUCAGAAAAAUUGCCCGUUGAAGAAGCACUAACACUAAACUCUGCCGUAGAAGGGAAUCGGACUUGCACUCCAUCAGCAUCUCAAGGGGAGGCCAACGAGACAAAGAAACCUCUUGAGGCAAAAGUGAACAGGCUCUCUAGUUUUUUUAAAAUGAAACCCAAGCUACCUACCGUCAAGAAAAUGUCCAUAUCCCAUGUGGAUGGUCAUGAGCCAAGUUUAAAGGGCAAACACCUACCAGAAGUUAUGGUACAGAAAUUGGGUCGCACGAGGCACCCGGAAGGGGAGAGACGAGAAUCAAUCAUCAACUUGGAGAAUGGAAAUGAAUGUCUCAUCUCCUCUGAUCCCAGAACUCCCGCUGUGGUUGAAGUCGGUGCUUCCCGUACUGGUAAUGCUCUGGUGACUUAUGAAUCGCACUGUGAAGAGCAGGACAUGAAUGACUCCGUGCAGAAUGCUGAGAAAAUGCCCCCAUCUGAUCGAGAUAAUUCGUCGGAUGUAGUCUUCACAGAAUUAAGGCCGUUAAGUUUUUCUCCUGAGAAGCAUCCUCAGACCAUAUCUAAAAAUGCAGCUCUAACCGAUCAACUUGAGAAUCUUAAACUGCAUCCCCCCGAGAACGGAAAGUUACCAGCAGAAAAUCUGUAUCCUCCAGUUAAUUCAUCAUCUGACGGUGCAGCUUUACAUUCCUCAUGGAAAUUUAAGAAUCGCUUCAGGCCAAACUUGUCUGGUCGAACGAGAAACCUAUCGAGCUGCAGUGAAUCCGAGGAUGAAAGUAGGAAAAUAAGCCAGAAGCCUCCUGUCUUCAAUCCGCCUGAGACCAGUCUUGAGGAGCCUCAAGGAACUCUUCAAUCUACUUCAAAUAAUAAUGAAGAGGAGGAGAAGGAUGCGAAAAUGGACAUAGAGAAGAAGAGGGGGCGAGUGUCCAAGAAGAAGUACAUGGGGAGGAAGAAGACUCAGUACAUGAUGAUGAUGAACAAGUGGAAGGUGGAAACCCAGCAGAAAUUGGAGAACGAUACGGAACCGAGUCGGAAGAGCCUGACCAUGAGGGAUCUCAUAAACUACAACCCGAAUACGACGCCCAUGCCCAGGGUGUUUCAAAAGUCACUUUCACAGUUCAGACAGCUGUGA